AUGACUGACGUCCCACCAACCGAGUCCAUUCCCAAACCAGAAAAACCUAAAGCACCAGCCCUGCACCUCAGUUCCAGCAAGUACCUCAUUCCAGCAAGUACCUCCGUAUUACUACCAAUUUCCACCUCAAGGUUACUACCCACCACAAGGCUCCCGAAUACCCUCCUCAACCUAUGCCUUACUCCCCAACCCUUGGAUGUUCCAGCAAGCUCACCCCAGCAAUUCCAAUCUCAUCCCAAUCGAAGAGAGACCAGACAUCGAAAAGGUCUGAACCGCCUACGCAAAGAGUAUGCUACAGCUCCAAUGGAAGAUGACAGGCUUUCAGUCUCUUCCCUCAAUCGACGAUUCGACUC